CUCGUCCUUGCACGUGACAUCUAUCCGUGCACUCACCCUCACCUCUUCUGGACUAAUUUGCGUCAGAAGCGUAUCUCCUAGGCACAGAACCGUUCCAAGGAACUAUAAAACCCACAAGGUUCCAGCCGCUGCACUGAAGUUCAAACGGCCGACGACUUUCAAUGCAUCGCUGGACAAGCUUGCUAUCCGAGGGAUCAGGUCGUUUGGCGAUAAAGAACUUUCUGUUAUAGAGUUCUACAGCCCGGUGACCGUCAUUGUUGGUCAUAAUGGAAGUGGCAAGACUAUCGCGAACGAGAAGGAAGUCAAAGCGCAAGUAAAGCUACGCUUUAAUGCUGCUAAUCGCCAGCAAAUGCUUGCCAUCCGUAACCUAUCUGUCACUGUUAAGAAAACUGGCUUGACAAUGAAGACGUUGGAAUCAAUUCUUGCUGCCAACGAUUAUGAUAGGAAGACAAAGCGUGGAGUGUUGUCUACAAAGUGUGCUGAGAUGGACUCGGAAAUCCCACACUUAUUGGGCGUCUCGAAAGCUGUGCUGGAAAAUGUGAUAUUCUGCCAUCAAGAGGAUUCGUACUGGCCCCUUUCGGAGGCUUCUGUUCUCAAGAAGAAGUUUGAUGACAUCUUUGAAGCGACAAAGUACACUAAGGCCCUUGACUCAAUUCGAGCUAUCAGGAAGGAGCGUACUGCAGAGCUCAAGGUAGAUAAGGAACGGCUUCAAACGCUGCAAGUCCAAAAAUCGCACGCAGAUAAGCUUCGAGAGAGGAUCGACGGUCUUACCUCCACACUGCAAACCAAACAGAUUCAACAGGAGGAGCUCAAACAAGAAAUUAAAGGCGUCGAAGCCGAAAAUAUUCGCUUCAUGGAAAGCGCCACCAAAUUCAAAGAGGUUUAUAUCAAAGCCGAAAAUUACGAUGCACGCAAGUCACAGCUUGAGGAAGAGAUUGGAAUAAAGCAAUCAACUACUCAAGAGCUUCCAGACACUGACGAAGAGUUGGAGGUGAAAGUUAGAGACUUCGAGAUGCAUAGGUCUACAUUACAACGCAGAAGGGACGCUACUGCACGGGACGUCAGGGACGAGGAAGAAAGGCUUGCUGAUGAGCGCAAACAGCACGUUGCGCUCAUUAGUGAGCAGGGUAACCUGCAAGCUGAGGCCACAACCCAUAGACGGAAUGUUGAGGCCCGGGAGGGUCUGAUUCGCGAGUUGGCCACAAAAUACAGCUUGAAGGGUUAUGAUCAUACUCCCUUGGAGGAUGAUCGCGUCGAAGAAUUCGCCCAUAAACUCAAUGCCCUGUUGAACAAGCAGAAUUCAGGGCUCAAAGAAAUCCGAGCCACUGGGUUGGCGAAGAGCGAGGAGCUCUCGAAGAAGCUUCGGACACUUCGCCAGCAUCAGGACGCACGCCAUAUCGAACGUGAUACGACUCUGAAAAGCAUUGAUCGCUUGAACGCACAAAUUGUUUCCCAAGUGGAGAAGGCCGAUAGGGAGAACAUGCUUGACGCCGAACUUAAGUACAAUAUUUCCGACCUAGACUCGACCAGAGACCGGCUGAACAAAGCGAAACGGGACUUCCUCUCGGCUAAGCAUGAAGCUGGGAUCGAGGCUAAGACAGCAGAAAUUCGCCGACUUGAAGAUGAGAAGGACAGGCUAAAUCAGGCUCUGAGAGCUUUGACAACGCAAUCGAAUGCUCGAGCGACGUUAGCUCUCAAGCGGAACGAGGCCAAAAAGCGUCAAGCCGAAAUUGAUUUGACACUCGAGAGCUAUGGCCAGAAACACCAAGAUCUUACUGGGAUGGAGGCUCAAGCGCCCACGAUGGAAGGAGACGUUGACAAGGCCAUUGCUGAAAAGGAGAAGGCAACAUCUGCCAUCGAGGCCAAGUAUAACAGGGAAAACAUGGAUCUACAUCAAGUGGAGUCAAAUAUCUCUGGCCUCAAAAAUCAAAUUAGUGGGAAGAAAGCCGAAAUCACUGCGUUGACCAAAGAACUCAGACCCUUAUUGCAAGGUGAUGAAGUUGAUUACCCAAACAUUCCAGCUGCCAUAGAAGAAAUUCAGAAGGAUCUCAACGCUGCAAUAGACCGCCAUCAACAGAUGACCCAUGCGAAGGGUAUGAUUAUGCAAUUCCUGAAGUCUGGGAAGAAAGAACAUAUGUGCAAAUUGUGCGAUCGUAAGAUGUCGUCCGCAGAGUGGGAUAAGUUCGAAGCCAAGCUGACUGGGCUUGCGGAAAAAUCAAGCGACGAGAGUAUUGCGGAGGCGUUGCAAGAAGUCAAAACUUGGGAGGACUAUAUUAAACGUCUUCAGUCUUUCUUCCCCAAGGAAGCGACAAGGGACAACUUGCGAUCAAAGGUUAUCCCAGGUCUCGAUGCCGAACUGAAGGCAGAGGAGGGGAAACUCGGGGACUUGUCACACGAAGUCGAAACGAUUUCGGAGGAAUUGAAAAGUUUUAGAACCCAACUUCGCGAUCUUCAGACCUUGAAGACGCACGCAACCCUCGUCACAAGAGCACUUGGGGACGUGGAACGCCUGAAAAAAGAGAUCACGGAUAUUGAGACUGAGCUUCAAUCUUCGGGAUCAACUCGGACCACGGACGACAUCCAGGCAGAGCUUGAUGAGAUAUCAACGAAAAUAAAGACAACCGACCGGACUCGGCAAAUCCUCGUCUCAACUCGGGAACAGGACCUCACACAUCAAAGGACACUCGAGAAUGAGCUUCAUGCUCUAGAGCUAAAAAAUGCAGAGUUGAGGAACAAAGUUAAAGAGCGAGAUCUCGUUCAGGCUUCGAUAGAGAGUUCAAAGCGCGAGGUGAUAUUACUCCAACAACGUUGCAAGGAACUGGAAGUCGAGAUCCAGAACGGGGAUGCACCUAUUCUACAAUUAGAAUCCCAAAUUUCCCAGCAUAACUCAACUCAUGAAGCCGCAACUGCCAAAUCGACGCAGCUCUCAAAGGAGUUAUCCCUGAGCUCGGAGAAGCUUGAGAACGUAUCACGAAUAAUCGAACGAUUCGUUACGGAACGACGGGCUCGAGAACUUAGAAAAUGCGAGGAACGCGUGGCAGAGGCUGAGCGACGUAUUACCGAACUCAACGCCAUUAUCGAAAGCAAACGGACUAACCUUGCGGGGCUGGAUAAAGAAAUUCAUGAAGGCGGAGCUACGCUGGCGCGUUACCAAAACAACAUCCAGCUGCGCAAAUCUCGUGCUACAUUGGCUAAAAUCAACGAUGACAUCUCCAAACUCGAUUUGGAGGAGGCUGCUCGAGCAAAACGCAAUUUUGACAAGUUGUACCCCCUCAUGAAGGCGAAGUUGGACAAGCUAGUUGCACAGUGUUCUCGCGUUGAAGGAGAAAUGAGCACAGACCGCGUACAUCUCGAUAGCUUUAAGAAGGAUCUUUCGCGUGAUUUCAAAGACAUUAACAAGAAAUAUACUGAACAGCUUGUCAAAGUGAAGAUGUCGGAUAUGGCAAACAAUGAUCUGGAGAAAUAUGCCAAAGCUCUUGACAACGCGAUUAUGAAAUACCACUCAUUAAAGAUGGAGGAAGUCAACGAGACCAUGCGACAUCUGUGGAACAAAACAUAUCAAGGGACAGAUAUCGAUGGCAUCAAAGUUGUUUCGGACAACGACGGUGUCUCUUCAACGAGGCGUACCUAUAACUAUCGCGUCGUUAUGACUAAAGACCAAGUCGAAAUGGACAUGCGAGGGCGAUGUAGUGCGGGGCAGAAGAUGCUGGCAUCUAUCAUUAUUCGACUUGCUUUAUCCGACUCAUUUGGGCAGAACUGUGGGAUCCUUGCGCUUGAUGAGCCCACGAAUGCUCUAGAUGCGGAGAAUAUCGACGCAUUAGCGCACUCGCUAACUGAUAUCAUUAAGGAGCGUCGGAGCAUGGCUAACUUCCAGCUCAUUGUCAUCACUCAUGACGAGAAGUUCUUACAAAAGCUUGGUGAAGCCGAUGUCAUGGAAUAUUAUUGGCGGGUGAUGCGUGAUCGUUCUCAAAAAUCGAUCAUAGAAAGACAACGUUUUGGCGUUGACAAUUCAUGAUGAUCGUCUUUGUCAGUGUUGCUAUUCUGGGACCUUCAAUCCUAUCCUACACCUUGGGUAUGUAUGACGUGCUGGUUUAUGUAAAUUAUCCUAUUCUGUUUUUCAAAUUUAUG